UCACAUGACAAUCAAAAUGGCAGACAAUGUGAAAAACAUAUCAGCUUUGUUAACGGGAUUAGCCAAAAGAAAUUACUACAAUGAAUCUGAAUACACAGAUGAGUUUUUAAAGAGUCAGAUAUUUCCGGAUUUGGCUGACGAAGAGUAUGCAUUAUUACUCAAAAGAUGUUCAAGUUACAUGAAGAGUAUAGUAUCAGCUGAUAUGGAUUUCAAUCAAUUAGAAGCAUUUUUAACUUCACAAAUGAAGAGGAGAGAGGCAGCAAUGUCAGAAGAAGAAGCUAGUGCAUAUAGGAAAUUCUGGAAAGUACAUAAGAAUAAAAUUCAUGACACUUUGGUCUCAAAAACAAAUUGGAACAAUACCCUGAAAAAAGUGUCAUGGCGUAUUGAUGUCAAGUCACAAGCUAAGAAUACAGAAAAUAUGAAUGAACCAACUGCUAUAGUUGAACUUCAGAUAGAAAAUCCUCAGGAAUCACAGAAGGCUGAUGUUGUGCAGUUUGAAAUGGAUGAAAAUAGGUUAGCAUAUGUCCUGCAAAAUAUGAAAGACAUUGAAGAUCAAAUAGUGCAAUACUGCCAACAAUAAAAUUGUCAAUUUGAAAAAUAUUCUCAAACAUCACACUGCUAUGCCAAAGAAAUCUGUUCAACUUACACAGCUCACACAUUGCUGUAAAAAAGUGAGCAUUUGAUUUUCAAAUAGUGGCAGCUAUAGAACAAGCUUUCCAAUACAUGCUGGUUGAAUUAUUGCAAAUUCCAACAUCCUGAACUCAACCAUUGUUGAUGCAACACAUAAAUAUAUCACAGUAUAACAUUAUUAUGCAGAUAUUGAGAGAUAAAAAAUAAAACCAAUAUCAGAGCUACAAAGCUUAUUAAUUUUAUUUAUCUUUUGUUUAUGCAAUAAAAGAAAACUAAAACA